UUUGGCUUUGUUGUUGUUGGCUGCUUGCCUCAGAGUCUCUGGUCUGGUAGCAGCCGAAGUCUCAGUGCUCAGUUGGCUACCGAGCGCUGUUUUUUCCGCUGCCUUCUGCUUCUGCUGCUGCUGUUGCUGUUGGUGUUGUUGCUGCUGCUGCUGCUCGUCGUUCGUCGGAUGUGAUAUUGCAAAGCAAAGCAUCUGAGUCUCCGGCUUGAGGUCUGAGCAUUUUGCAGAACCGCUUAACAUCAGUCUUUAGUGAUAGCUCGCGCUUCUUGCUCGCACGCUCGAUCGCACGCCGCUGUGCCGCUCGCUGUGUGAUUGUUGCCGCCGCCGUUACGUCUUACGUCUCCACAGGGGUUACGUUGUUUUGACCGCCGCUAAAAAAUCGGCACACAUCCCAAACAAAAAUUCAAAUUAAAUCCCAGAAAUUCCACAUAUGAGGAAGUUAAGAGCACAGCCCUUCGGUUGAACCUAUUAAAAGUGUGAAAUAGACCUCUAAAAAAAGGCGGUAAAAGAAAGCGAAGUAUAACGAGUGCGCUUGCGCGGCCAGGAGUGCCCUCACACAAAGGUGUGUUCACUCUAUAAAAAGCACUCACAAGUUAUGCGAAAAAAGCAGGGGAAGCGGCAAAAAAUAGAAAACUAAAGCAAAAAGCCAAAACAAAUUUUUUAGAAAUUAUCAAAAUUUUUAAUUAUAAAAACAACAAAGCAAAAUAUUAGCUCACAUGUGAUAAGCCCACGAAAAACAAAGCUCACACACAGGCCCCAAAAGAUACACCUUAAACAUGCUUCACGGUCGCCCAAAGUUCUAAAAGUCAAGUGCAAGUUUAGCAACAGGAAAAAAAAAACAAAAUAACAACUCUAUACGCUCAAGUGACGUUUUAUUGGCGCAAGGUGAACGAAAAAUAAUAGCCCACAAAAAAUAAAAUACACAAAACGUAGAGUUCAUGAUGUUAGCAAACGCCAACCUUAAAUGAUAUUCAAAAGUGCGCAAAAAAUUAGAAACAAUUUCGAAACUGCAUUCACAAGCAAAUAAAUUGGAUUAACUUGGUGGCUUGGAGCCAAUUCGGUUGAGCACUUGGCGCCCAGCGAUUCCCCGACUUCCAUAAUGAUGAAUCAGGAUAAUCCAUAUGCGAUGAAUCAGACUUGCAAGGUGUGUGGAGAGCCGGCGGCUGGUUUCCAUUUUGGAGCCUUCACAUGUGAGGGUUGUAAGUCCUUCUUCGGUCGCUCGUACAACAACCUGUCGUCCAUCUCGGACUGCAAGAACAACGGCGAGUGCAUCAUCAACAAGAAGAACCGCACCGCCUGCAAGGCCUGCCGCCUGAAGAAGUGCCUCAUGGUGGGGAUGUCCAAGAGCGGCUCCCGCUACGGCAGGCGCUCCAACUGGUUCAAGAUCCACUGCCUCCUGCAGGAGCAACAGCAGCAGGCGGUGGCGGCGAUGGCGGCGCACCACAACAGCCAGCAGGGCGGAGGUGGCGGAGUUCCCGGAGGAUCUGGCGGUGGCGGAGGCGGAGGCGGGGGACUUCCCAACGGGGUCAAGGGCAUGCCGGGUGUUCCCCCACCGGCAGCUGCGGCGGCGGCUCUGGGCAUGCUGGGACAUGCCGGGGGCUAUCCGGGUCUCUAUGCGGCGGCUACUGCCGGAGGGGCAGUGCGCAGCAAGGAGGAGCUAAUGAUGCUAGGACUGGAGAGCAGCGGGGAGUAUGGGGCCCUAAAACAUCCUGUGGUGGCCUCGCCCUCCGUAAGUUCCCCCGACUCCCACAACUCGGACAGUUCCGUGGAGGUAAGUUCAGUGCGAGGGAAUCCACUGCUGCACCUUGGCGGAAAAUCCGGAUCCGGAGGUGGAGGACCUGCCGGUGGUGCCGAUGGCAGUCAGUCGAGCGGCGGUGCAGUGCCGGGAAGGCCUCCACAAUUGCGCAAAGACCUGGCGCCCUUCCUGCCGCUUCCUUUCCCCGGACUAACUUCCAUGCCCGUGAUGCCACCACCCGCGUUCCUGCCGCCCUCGCACCUUCUCUUCCCCGGCUACCACCCCGCCUUGUACUCGCACCACCAGGGUCUGCUGAAGCCCACCCCGGAGCAACAACAGGCAGCUGUGGCUGCCGCGGCGGUGCAGCAUCUCUUCAACUCCAGUGGCGCUGGCCAGCGAUUCGCUCCCGGCGCAUCCCCCUUUGCCAACCACAACCAGCACCAGCACCACCACAAGGAGGAUGAUCACUCCGCACCACCCAAGAGUCCAAGCAACCACGCCAACAACAACAACCAUCUACUGAGCAAUGGAGGCACCGCCGACGAGAUCACCAAGCGGUUCUAUCUGGACGCCGUUCUGAAAUCGCAGCAACAGAGUCCACCACCUCCGGUGGCAACCACCAAGCUGCCGCCUCACUCCAAGCAGGACUACUCGAUCUCCGCUCUGGUCACACCGAACUCCGAGAGUGGCAGAGAGCGCGUGAAAAGCAGACAGAGUAACGGUCAGGUGGAAGAGGACGAUUGCGAAGGAGGCAGGGUGGAGGACAUUGUCGACGGAGAGGAGGACGAGCACGAUGAGGAGGAGGAGGAUCUGGUGGUCUCCAUGACACCGCCGCACUCACCUGCUCACCGCCAGGAAGCUCAGGUCAGAGGCUCCAACGAGAACUCCAGUUCAGGGCAGGACAACCCCAUUGAUCUGAGCAUGAAGACCACUGGCAGCUCGGUGAGCAGCCAAAGUAGUAGCCCCGACAUCGAACCGGAGCCAGAGAUCUCCAGUGAUGGGGAAAAAGUACCAGAUACACCCCACGAUGAUGAAGAAGAGGAGGACCUCAAGGUGACCACUGAGGAGGAGGAGGAUGAUGAUGAGGAACGAGAAGAUAUCGAGCCAGAAGAGCCACAGGAAGAGGACAACAGCACUUCGGAGACAGUAAAGACCAGCAUUGAGAAACCCUCGAAAAACAACAACAACAACAGUAUCAGCAACAACAACAACAAUAACAAUAAUAAUAACAAUAGCAUCUUAAGCGACAGUGAGGCCAGUGAGACGAUCAAAAGGAAGCUGGACGAGCUAAUAGAGGCGUCCAGUGAAAACGGUAAGCGUCUGCGACUGGAGGCUCCCGUCAAGGUGGCAACCUCCACGGCCCUGGACCUGACCACAAAGGUCUAAGCACACAAGCCCCAUUUCCAAAUAAUGACAGAGUUAUCAGACACUGAAGAUCGAUGAUCCCCCGCUAGGAAAGCACCAAAAACACACAGAUAUCAAGCAUAAUAAAAACAAACAAAAUAUAUGUAUACGUAGGGAAAACAAUAAACGCAUGUGAGUUAUAUAAAUAAUACGAGAAAUGAAAUGGACUCGUGGGGGCAGCAGCUUCAGACUCUGAUUAACAAGCGCUAAAUACGAGUUCGUGCCGUUUUGGCUAGAUGUUAUCACAUCGUUUAAAACAACUAACCAAAUUGCCAAAAUAUGCAAAAGUCGAUCGGCCCCCGAAACGCUCCAUUUGCAUACUCGGCGGCGGAGACCCCAAAAACUAUAACAAACAAAAAUGUUAUGUUUUGAAUAAUUUUAUUCACUGAAUUAUAAACAAAUUUUUCGGUUGCCCCGCUGAACACAAAAGCGGCAAGAAUUAAAAAAGAAAAAUCAAAAUCCACAAAAAAAAAAUUGAAAAUCUAAACAAAUGAUAAAUACAAAAAAAAAAUAGAAACUGUAGCAAAAUAUGCAAAAAGGGCAGCUUAUCUGUAUCGUGUAUGCAUAAUAAUAUCGUAGUGGAAUUUGUAGUUUUUAAGUUUCGUUUUCUUCUAAGCUAUAAACCAUAUAUAACGUAUAAAGGUAAAUGAUUAGCUAUUAUUUAGACAUUUCCAGUCCCCCCCCAUCCAAGAGUAUUUGUUAGUUUAAUAAACAUUUAAUACGAUAGACAAAUUUUUGUGUAAUUCUACUCGUUUUGAGGUACGCUCGAGUUUUUAGUCACAAUUAGCAAAUUUUUAAAUUUACAAAUUAAAAAUGAUUUACAUCUAAAAGUAUAAUACCAUGUAGAAAAGCAAAGCACACACAAAGUUGUAUAGCAAAUAGCAUAAAUUAUUAAUAUUAAUGUUGCAUAAGUAUUUUCCUUUUCGUGUGAUGAUUUGGUAUGCAAAUCAGUCGAAUUGAUGAUCGAGAAAAUUAUUAUUGCUAUCACCACAAAUAAAUACAAAUAAAUAUUUAGAUGAACAAGAGUU